AAUUACAAGGCUUAUGUAUUUCAUUUGUUGUCCUCUGUUGUCAAGCUAACAAUUGAAAGUUUUGAGAAACUGUUUUGCCAACUGCUCUUUCCUCUUCUGGGCAUUAAAUGUACAUGCUUAUAAAAAUGUUAUUAUUCUGUUACGUAAAAUCACUUUACACUUCACUUUUGAAAUCCGAAAGGUUCAUAGUGACAAAGAGGAAGAGCAAAAAUGAUAUUGAUUCCUGGUAUGUAAAUCCAAAAUCUUUUACACAAACAAACAUAAUAUGAUGUAUGGAUAGUAAAACAGAAAUCAAAAAUAUUCAAGUUCUUAACAAGUUCAAAUAAAAGUUUCACUGAAGUUAAGGAAUCCAAUCACAAAUUUUACAGAACUGGUAGAAAAAUAAAUGUAUUUAUUUGUAUUCCACAAGUACACAUGGAAGCAAACACAGUAAAACUUUUGCUAUUGGUACAAGUUGAACUGGAAUGUAUAUUCAUGGCUAUUGCUCAUCAUCAAAAACAAAGUAGACCCAUUUUAUAAUCCGUGUAAAAAAAGGAAAGGUCAUUCAAGUACGAACAUAGUCUUUUGACACUUCCUAUCAAGACAAAAUACAAAUGUGCUGGGACACCCACAGCAAGCGACAACUUGCCCCAGGCCUUGAAUUUUUUUCAUUUAUACAAAUUAACAGUUCUCUAAGUUAUUUCUGUUGUAUGGAGAAAUGAAAUUUGUUGAUGUACUGGAAGAGGGGCAUAACUUUUGUUUGAAAUAAAGUCUCCACCAAGCUACCGCCUCACUUUGUUUUCACUGAGUGCGCCUGCACAUAUGUACAGCCUAUAUAAACAGCAAUUUGCAUUUUCUUUUAUCUUAACAUAAACCUGAACUAAUAAUUUUCAAUGUAAAUAAAAAUUCCAUUUGAAAAUACAAAGUGAAUUAAUGGUCACCACUUCUACUGUACAAACAGUAGAAAACUAUGUACUUAGUCCUGUAGUCCAGAAUAAGGUAACUUAAAAUCUCUGAUGAGAAUACAUAACAAAACCUCUUGUAAAUAAUUUCUAUAGUAGGAACUUAAAAAAUGUAUAAAAUAUCUCUUCAUCACAAUUCCGGCGAUGAUGUAGCUGGAAAGCUUAUUUCCUACAGAAAGUUGAAAUUUACUCUCUCUUUUUUCUUUCCCUCAAUAGAACAUGUUCAAAAAUGAGGAAGACAUACUUUUCCUGCAAACAAUUCAGAAAUUACUGUUAUCCACAAGGCAAGCACAAAUAAUAUAUACGAAACUCCCACUUGAUGACUGUUAGGAAGCUGGUAUGGUUGUCCGCCUAUUUCGUCAACAUGAAAUCCCAUUGGAAAUAUAACAGCUGCCAAACAAAAUAAGACCAUAGCAGUGAAGCCAACCCAUCGUGCAUAUGGCACUACAUUACGGUCCCAAUGAGAUGAUGCCAAUAAUAUAAUGGUAGUUGUAAUACAUAUGCAACCAACAAAUAUGCAAACAAGUGCAAGUAACCAUUCUGGUUGCAAGUCUGGUGUGUAGCAAAUUUGUGAUCUGUUAUACAGUGUCAUACAUGUCCACAUAAGACCUAGACGUGUAUCACCUCCGACGUCUGUUAUAAUCCAGUCGGGCAUCGCUAAACUAACGAUGGCAAACACAUCCGCUGCUAGAAACAAUGUUCCUGAUAUUAAUGUCAACUUAUCCAUGUCUAUGUCCUUUACUUUAGCAUUAUUCAACACCAAAAUUGUUCGCUUUUGCUUCCAUUAGAAGCUCAGUAAAUUAAAAUAAUUCUGCAUAUCUGGUGCCACUCCUUUUUACAAACAAUUCAAUGUGAAAAAUAACAGAAAACUGAUCGAUUGCGAGUAUAACAAGUACACUCUCCUCGGAUACCGAUACACAAACAUCAGUCCGUCAUGUAAGAAAAAAAAAAACGUCAGUUGAACACUUCCCGAGCCGUGACCUUAUCAUGAAUACAGGCCAUCUCACUAAAAUAUCAACCUGAAAUCAACAAAAAAAGGAGAAAAGGGUCUCGAAUUUCCAAACGUAAAAAAUCGAUACUAUAUCGAUUAACUCGAAUUUAUUCGGUAUACACACCAGUGUCGAUAAUUAGUCGAUAGGAAAUGAUGCGACGUAUUUACUGCUAAAAUUUCCGAGUCGUAAGAAAAUCUGAGUUUGUGGAAUUUGUGGAAAGAAUUCAACGAUUCUUUCCUUCCGAAUAAUGUUACAUACCUGAAGAUUACAUUUCGACGCAGCUCAUGUAAAGUCUGACUGAGAAGGCUGUGAUGGUCAUUGCGGUAUUUUAAUUUUUUGAUGUAACCGGCUUGUGGUAAUUGGUACGUACUUAAUACGUACUUUACUAUUUUGUAGUAUAGUUGAGGAAUUUCGCUGACCUUAAGAUCAGCACUGUGAUAAUCACAUUAAAAAGAACACUAGAAAUAUGGCAAAAGGACCAUUUUUAGCGUUGUACAUUAUCGUCUGACAGUAUCCAACUGACAGGUGAUAAACAAAACUAAAUGUCCGGAGGAGGCACUGGUCAGGGAGCCUUGUAUUCUCCCCUCCCUCAAACAAUUAGUGACACUGACUCGUCAGAGGAAGAACUAAUUAGUGUAGUUCACCACAAUGACAGCAGGAAAUUUAUCGUGUCUGGAAAAGAAUCUCUAGAUAAGAGAAACGGUCAGAAAAUGGGUGAAUAUCGUCCUUUAGAUCACGACAAUGAACAAGAUGUUGCCAUUAAUGGAUUUCCAACUCGACCAACAGCUGCUGAUAAUGUUCCAAUUAUUAAAGCCGAAGGAACAGUUCCAAGACAUUUGGAACCCAUGUCACCAUUACGUAAAAUUUGCUUCGUUCUCUCUAUAGUUUUAUGUGGGCUUACCAUAGUGAUUUUCUUGUGGAUUAUUCCUUGUGAUUGGGCUACAUGCCCUUCUGCUCCUUUGAAGACUGGAACAAAAGCAUGGGAAAUAACUUUAGAAUCCAUAGAAUUGAAAGGAAGAAUCAGUGUGGUUGCUGGCGUCCCAGGUCGUGGACAUAACUUGAUAUUUCUGAUGAGAGAAGAUGUUACGAGUUCAAUUUUGAGUCAAGUAAAAGGAUUUAAGGAACCAGUGAACUCGCAUCCAAUAUGUAGUAGAGGAAUAUUGUCAUUGGUUGGUUCAACUGGCAAAGUUGCUUGGUGCAAGAGACUGCAAAGCCUACCGCAUGAUAUCGAUUGCUCUCUUAUUGAUGUGAAUGGAGAUGGAGUCAAUGAUUGCAUUGUUGUAGGAGCAGAGAAAUUACUUAUGGCUUUUGAUCCUAUAUCAGGUGAUGAAAUAUGGCGUCUGGAUGAACACAGUAAUGCAGUAGAUAUUGAUUUUCCAUUGAUAUUACCAGACUUAGAUGAAGAUGGCUUUAAUGAAUUAGUAUCAGCAUGUCGAAUUUCAACUUACAAUGGAAGUACAUCUGUUACUUCUGAUCAUAAUAAUUUAAUACUAAUGUCUGGGAAGUCUGGUGUGGUAAUUGGGCAACCUCUUACUGUUAAUAAUUGCUCAAAGAUUAGCAAUUUAGGCUUGGAGACAUCUUGGACUAUUACAUUCACAUGUGACCAGAUCACUGACAAUGGACAUGUGUCGACUAUUCCCCAGAUGCCAUUGCAAGAACUCUACACAAAGUCUACCAAAAAGUCAUUGCCUUCUUCUUUUUCCCAUAAUCAGAAAAUAGACCCACCUUUGAAGCAGCAUCAAACAUAUAAAAGAUCUGAAACAGUUGAAGAGACUUCAAGGUCUCAUCCAUUUCGACUGACCAUCAGCCGGCAAUGUCGUGGUUAUUGCACCAUAAACGCUAAGAUUUAUUAUGAAUGGCUUGGAGUGCCUAAUAAAAAUGUCAUAUGGAAUUUUACUGCACAGAAUACUUAUGCUAUGUUACCAGUGCCCUUUACACUGAAUAAUAAGUCAGGAGGAAACAACCCAUCAGUAGAAGGAUCUACUGUUAGUGGGUUUGUUUUGAAGUUCUGGCAGUAUAAUACAGAUCAGAGGCAUAGGAGUGAAGACGACCCAGCCACACUUCCUUUAUAUAGAAGCCAUCUCAAACGAAGGAAAAGGAACAUGAAUUUCUGGGAUGCUUCUUUUCAUAAUAUUACUCAGCGGUCUGUACCAGCAACAACAUUUGGUUCGACUUCAAACAUCAGUUAUCAUCAUUUCAAUGAGACUGUUGUAAUAGUUAUUUUCAAUGGCACAAAGCCUGCAACUUUUAACACAAGCCAGAAUAGCAUUGUGCAGAUAUGUAUUCAUGGAGACAAACAUGCUAAUCGCGUGAGUUGUCAACCAGACAUAAGUUUUCAGGAGCAAUCAAUGCUUAUUGCUGAUUUAGACCAAGAUGGAUCACAAGAAUUAAUAUCGUAUUUGACUACUUUUGAUCCACAAUCAAAUAAUUGGGCAAUGCAACAACAUUUGGGAAAUAGUGAUGAUCAUUCUCUAUUUUCAUUGAUGAGUCCAUUCUCUCUGCAAUCCAAGGUGAGGGUAAUUCGACUGGAGACUGAGCUGUUAAAGUUAUUUGAGAGCAUUGAUGACCAUUAAGUGAUUGGUUGUUGGUGAUUUGACAUGUACAAGCUCUCAAUACUCCCUGACUGUUGAUCUACUCUCAGUCAGUGAUUAUGACAAAUUUGGAAAAUGUCUAAGAAUAUUUAUUGUAAGAAUGAGGAUGAUCAUCAUUAUUUAUUUUUACAUAGAAUAGAAAUGCAUUCUUGGUAAGUGCUGUGUAAUACAGCACUAGUCUGCCUUUUCUGCUUAUUCUUCAAGUACCUGCUCUCAUAAGUUUAUUAAGUAAGAUUAGUUUUAUUUCUCUUCUCUAACAUUUUUUAUGAAAUUAUACUCAAAGUAUUCAGUGGCAAUAAGAGUAAUUUUUACUUUCAAUUUCUGUCAGAUUUGCUUUUUAAUUUCAUGUUAAAACAUGUUUUUAGCUCUCAUAUGCUAAUAUAUAUACAUUGAAAUCUCAUAUAAAAAGUUAAAACAUGGAAAUACCAUUAUUCUCAGUGCACCCAUACUUUAUUAGAUUUCUUAAUGUUUGAGUAAUUACAAAAUUUGCUGCUUAUGCAAAACUUGGCAAUCAGGUCAACUCUGAAUGCUGAGAAUUCCUUUAGGCAUUGCAAGAAUGCUGUUAACAACACUGAUGAACGGUUUGACUCUUAAAAUAUCUAUGAGCUAUAUUAAAUGAUGUAAAAUUAUCACAUUUCUUACUCUUAUCUGUAUGUAUGUACUGUGGCAAGAGCUCAGUAUUUCCAUUUAUUUAUUGUAAAUUAUCAUAUUUGUGAAGGCUUUUAUUGAACUAUAUUGGGGAAGUAAACUUUUAAAAGAGAAUACUACUCUCCAAAUUGGUGUAUAUUAAAAAAUACUUAUUGCUAUGAAGUGAUUUUUUUAAAUUCAUUAAAAUGAAUUUGUUUCAUAUACACAAUAAAAGAAGAUAAUAAAUAUAUAGCCAAUACACCUAUUAAGUACUUGAUUGCUUUCAAUUUCCUACUGUUGUACUGUAUUCACAUAGUUUAUCUUAAAAUGUUCCACAUACUUGAAUAUUCUAACAUGUAUUUUCAUAUGUGAUUAGUGUUGGUUUCAUGGAGUGUUAAUUUGAGGAAGAUCCUGAAAUGUAGUCAAAAUAGUCUAGUCAAGGCUAAGAAACCUUAAGUAUUGAGAUUGUAAAUGUUUUUGACUUUUUUUAAUAUUGCUUUUACAAUACCCAGAGUUACUCAAGUGGCUGUGAAAUUAUAGAGCUACUUUGUAAGACUUUGUUUCCUGUGAUUGUAAACCACUUAGAAGUUAGUCUUGAAAUAAACAAAUAAAUGAUUGUGUGAAAUCCUUUCAUUCCAAAAUACCAAUUGAGUAAUACUUUUUGUUGUCAAUAAUAAAUUAACAACAAAUGUGCAUGAUUUGUAAGAUAUAUCUAGUCAUAAACUGGAAAAAUCAAGAUUCGUGGUCAGAAAUAAAC